AUGGCUUCGAAUAGAUACCCAGGCACAGAAGAGGUCGACGAGAUGGACUACGAGCAGCGAUUCCUCACCGCAUGCGCCUGCUUCAAGUCCUCUCUAUACGAGGAGUUCCGGUUCCUGGGUCUUGGAGAUGGUAUCCGCUGCGAGGUCCUUCCAGUCCUCCGCAAGCUGGUGAGAUUGAUGGAGGCCAUCUUUAUCCUGGGUGAGGAGAUGGCACGGUCAUGUCCACGCUGUCGCACUGUUCGCAUUAGGCCCAAAGGCCACUUCUUUGCUGAGUUUGAGCGCCUGUGUCGCGAGUGUAUCAUGGCUCCUUUAGUGAAGGCCAUUGCUGACCUUGAAGCCGAUGAGGCGUCGUCGGAACCGAAGACGAGCGUUGACUUUAUCGUCGCUUCGGAUUUGGAUGAUAUUCGUCCCAGUACUAUCUUGCUCUCUAAUAAGGCGCUGCCUCUGGAUAUGAGCCCCGAUGCUCAACUGCAGAACCCUUCUCGCCCUUGA